GCCACUCCGCCUCGUGCGGUUCUUCCGGCAGUGGCGCAAGGGACGCCGGGAGACGUAGUUCCUCCUUCAGCUCCGCCACCGGAUGCGCUUAUUGUCGUCGCGGUGAGGCCGAAGCAGGCGCCAUCUUGGCCGUCACAAGCGCCGCGAGAGGAGGAGAAGGAGAAAGAAGAGGCAGCCAAUCCGGAGGGGAGGCGCUUGACCCGCGAAGGGGUCCGGCUAGGCCUCGAGGCGGAGGGGGAGGAGAAGCGUCUCUCGAGGUUAACCUGGCAAGCCACAGAGAUGUCCCUUCACAACACGAGAGCUUCAGCUCUCCUUGCCUGGGUGAACAGCCUGAAGCUGGGUGAAAGCCUGAGUUCGUUGUCUCAGCUCCAGGACUGUAGCGUUUUCAUCAAGAUCAUCAACAAAAUUCAUGGCACAGAAGAGGAACAGACUAUUUGUCAGAAAAAUAUACAAGAUCGGGUUGCCUACGUUGUCAGCUUUCUUGAAAAAAGCUGCAAACACAAAUCAGCCGCGCAGAACCUGGUGUCGGAGGAGAAGCUUUUGGCAGCCGAUGAGCUGGAACUAGCCAAGGUGGUGAUGUUACUGCUCUAUUAUGCUUCUAUGGGUGACAAAAUUCCAAGAGAGUGGACAACGGUUGAGUAUGACCUCCAGGCGGAGAUGGCCAAUUUCCUCAAUUUCAUGCUGUGCAAUGAAGAUUGCCUGGGUGAGAAUCUGGAGAUCUUUCUCCAAAAGAAAA